UUGUUUAAAAUUUUAAUUAAAUCUGGUGAACCGUUUGGAGAUAUUUAAAAAUAACAAACACUGAAAACUAAUUACUAUCACGGGUUGAUAUUUAAUUAGCAAUUGUUCAUCAGCCGAGGGAAUGAGAUGAUCUUCUGCUUGUAUUUAUAGAUCAAGCAAUAUAAUUUGGAUGAAAAUGUGUUGACAUUUGUAUCGGAUCUCCAAGAUUAUGGAGAAAUUCAAUUAAUUAAAUUAGUAACUAAGUAAUGAUUUUAUCGAUAUUUUAUAAUUCAAGUUAACAGUGCUUUGUCCAAUGUUUUCAAACUUGUUCAAGUGUUCGGGCGUAUUCAUUCCACAUGAAACGUUGAUAAGCCUACCAGAAUUAUAUACCAGGAUUACUAUAAUGGAUCAUUUGUUUACACAAAAUUCAUCCGAUGAGCCCGAUGAUAUACCACUGACAGAAAAUUGUGUAUGGAUAUUGGGUAUAAAAUAUAAUGCUAAAAAAGAUAUAGAAGCUAUCCGUAGGGAUAUUAGGUCUAGGCUUUGGUUUACUUAUCGAAAAGGAUUCGUUCCUAUUGGUGGGUUUGGCUCUACAUUUACAUCUGAUAAAGGUUGGGGAUGUAUGUUAAGAUGUGGUCAAAUGGUAUUAGGUCAAGCUUUAAUAUCUUUACAUUUAGGUAGAGAUUGGAGAUGGACACCGGAAACUAGAAGCGGCACUUACUUAAAUAUUUUGAAACGAUUUGAAGAUAGAAGAGCUGCCCCAUAUUCGAUUCAUCAAAUAGCAUUAAUGGGAGCAUCUGAAGGAAAAGAUGUUGGACAGUGGUUUGGUCCUAAUACCGUUGCUCAAGUAUUAAAGAAAUUAGUUGUUUAUGAUGAUUGGAGCUCUAUUACAAUUCAUGUUGCUUUAGAUAAUGCGUUAGUUAUAAAUGACGUUUUGAGGCAAUGUCGAGUGGAGGGAGCAACAACAGCAGAAGUGGAUGGAGAAAAACCUUUAAAAGCACCUAGUCAGUGGAAGCCACUACUACUACUGAUACCACUUAGAUUGGGAUUAAGUGAAAUCAAUCCUAUAUAUGUUAAUGGACUCAAAACUUCGUUUCAAUUUCCUCAGUCAUUGGGACUGAUUGGAGGAAAACCAAGUCAUGCUCUAUAUUUUAUAGGAUAUGUUGGUGAGGAAGUAAUUUUUUUAGAUCCUCAUACAACUCAGCGUUCUGGUAGCGUUGAUAACAAAUCUGAUGAAAGCGAAGUGGAAGUAGAUGCAACUUAUCAUUGUAAAAUUGCUAGUCGCAUACCAAUAAUAGAAAUGGAUCCUUCCGUUGCUCUUUGUUUUUUUUGUGCCAAUGAAAAACAAUUCAGAUCUUUAUGUAGGCUAAUGCAAGAAGAACUGAUUAUCAAUGAGAAACAGCCUCUAUUUGAAUUAUGUUCAGAAAAACCAGCAAACUGGUCACCAGCUGAAGAUGUUGCAGCUGAAGCAUUGGGAGCUACCGCAUCUAUGUUUUUAGGACACCCAUCUGAUGAAGGUUUUGAAUUACUUGGUUGACAAUCAACAGUUUUAUAUACACAAAAAUUUUUACAAUUCAACACUAAAGUGACUACACAAUUCAGUUUUUCAUCACAUUCUAAAUUUACUUAAUUGAGUGAUAAUUUGAGGAUAAUCUCCUAAAGCUCGUGAUGUGGCUAAAAUACCAGCAACUCUCCACACACCAUUAAAAGCAAUAACUCCACCUGCCUUAUAUAUUCUAUUUUUCUCUCUUUGCUA